AUGGACUUGAAGUUUUUCUCCAAGCCGCCGUUGGCGGAUUUCGUGCGCGAGGGGUUGCGCCCGGAUGCAGGGUUGAUUUUCCGACAGUUGUUCGACACAAGCGGGAGCUCGACGUACACGUACUUAUUGGGGGACCCGGUGAGCAAGGAGGCGGUGUUAAUCGAUCCGUUGAAGGAGAUGGUGGACCGUGAUUUGGCGGUUGUCAACGAUUUGGGCUUGAAGCUCAAGUACGCCAUCAACACGCACUGCCACGCCGAUCACAUCACGGGCAGCGGUGAUUUGAAGGCGAAAGUCACCGGUCUGCAAAGCGUCAUCGCAGAGUCUUCAGGCGCGCGCGCAGACGUGCACAUCAAGCACGGCGACGUGAUUUCUUUCGGCGCCGAUUCCAACGUCAUCAACUUGGAAGUCCGCGCGACUCCGGGGCACACCGACGGAUGCGUGAGCUACGUGUGCGAUAAUAUGGUCUUCACGGGCGACGCGUUACUCAUUCGUGGAUGCGGUCGAACCGAUUUCCAAGGUGGUUCGAGCGAAAAACUAUACGACUCGGUGCGCACUCAACUCUUCGAACUCCCCGACGAGACGCUCGUGUAUCCAGCGCACGACUACAAGGGGCGUAUGGUGAGUACGAUCGGUGAGGAAAAAGAGCUCAACCCGCGAUUAGGGUUGAAGAAGACCAAAGAGGAGUUCGUAGAAAUCAUGAGCAACUUGAAUUUGGCGUACCCAAAGAAAAUCGACGAGUCGCUCCCAGCCAACUUGAAGUGUGGUAUCGACGACUAG